AUGUCGCUGCCGGUCGACGUUGUAGCGGCUGUUGAAGCCGAGCUGCAGAAAAGCAGCCCUCCCUUGUCGAUGUGGAACAGCAUCGUGCAAGUUUUGAAGCAGAGCAAGCUCGCUUGGACUGCAGUCCUAAGGGCAGAUUCCUUGCUGGUCCAUCCAGCAAACAGGGGCGGAAUGGGUGUGAACCCACACGCUUGCCAUGCUAAGGCUGCAUCUCUUAUGAAGACAGGAUGGGAUGCAUCCUUCCUGCACAGCAGCUUCUGCUUCGAAGUCUCUGAUGACCCAGCAGUUCGCCAAGCACAGUUCUCUUUCAACCAAGAGAUAGUGUCCCAGAGUGCGGGCUUGCUUGGAGCCGUGGGCCAGCAUGAGCGGCACCUGUCUGUUUCUGCUGGGCACACAAGCCAGUUUGUCAAGGCUGCAGCCCACGGAUGCAGGACUUCCGAAGCCACACUGGCUGACUCCACAGGAAAGCUGAACGUGCAGGCUCUGUGCGAGGAUGCCGAGUUCAAGAAGCUACUGCAAGUUGGGUGGACAUGGACUGUGGUCGCGAACUCGGUUGAAAAACAAUGGCCACAGUUGCCGAAAUUGGCCGAACGUGCACUGAAUGCGAGCAACAGUACAUUCUCGGGGCCCAACGAGCUUGAGCUUUGCUUGUACUUGGUUGAUCGCAGCAAAUGUGAGACGACCAACUUGCAGGAUGUGGCUGCAGAAGCAACCCAGGGUGGACCGCUUCACCACUAUGCCAAGCACUUGGCAACUUGGGUGACCCAGUUCUCCAACCAGGCAGCCUUCCUCAAGUUCCUCGUGCCGUUCUCGAAGCAAUUCGGCCAGAAUGUGAACUUGGGCGAAGACUUUUGGACAAGCCUUGUCAUGAACUUGCCCGAACAGUAUCCGUGCCUUCGGUUGGCCUUCUUGGCAACGAACUUCACCAGCCACAGGGUGAGCAACGGAUAUGCUCGCCUCCUGCUCAAAAGUGACGUCGAGAAGCUCAAGAACAAGAAGCUGCAAAGCUUGGGUCUUGAAGCCGAAGAGCUCCUCUACAAGGCCUGGAACCGCAUCGAAGCUUCGUUGCCCAGCAGUGCGAAGAACUUCGGUAUCCUUUGCCUUCGCAUCUGCUUGCAUGUCGUGGACAAAGAGAAAAUGGGCCGUGAAGGCAAGACUUAUGGCUCCUUGGCUGCCAUCUACUGGGAGUUCGAAGCUGACUUUGCAGCCUCAGCUCCGCCAGCGGCAAAGAGCUCUCCAGCGGCUAGCAGUACGUCGGCACCACUUGUGGCCUUGGGAGAAGCAUACGAUCCGCUGUGGUUGGCACAGCAAAAGAUGAAGUUGAAGAAAGGGCUCUUGUACACCUACGACGAAGGCCUGUGGCGACUCGUCGACCUCAGCAGUGACAAGCUGGUGCUGGAGGCGGCAGGUCUUUUUGAGACCGGUCAGGCAGAGAUCGCGACUUCCGACUGCCUCAAGCUUUUGAAGCCGAACAAGUCCCCUGCCCCCUUCAUCUUGAAGACAAGCGAUGCUCUUGCGAAUCAUCCAAGUCGGAGCCUCCAGGCUGAAAGCAAGCAGGCUGACUUGUGGACCAUGCUUUUGGCCGCAGCGGAAAAGCUGGAGAAGAAGGUCUUUGACAUGGUGGGCAUUGAGGCCAUCUCCAAGAAGCUGUACACGAAGCAGAAGAUCAAGGCUUGGGACUUGCUUCUCGUGCCCGUUACCGACACGGCUUCCAAGAUCACCCUCCAGGCCCCCGGUUGCUUCCAGAAGCAUGCUGUGCUGGAGGACAGUGAAAGCAGCAUGUUUUUCGUCCUGCCGCCCAAAGCACUGAAGCUUGCAUCUGACUUCUCCCUCUUGACCGGCAGCACGGCUCCAUUCUGGUAUGUGCCACAUGACGAUGACGACGGCAAUCUGCACUUGAAAGCCGUGCAAUUCCGAAGUUGCUGCAUCUAUUGCUUGACGAAUCCCAAAGGGAUUGAGAAGCACACUGAGCUUUCGUGCGGAGGCAGCUGGCAUAUCAGGCAGCCGGUGAGCAAGAAGGCCCGGACGAAGCAGUAA